CACAAUCGACAGCGACGACAGCAACGCCCACAAAUCAACAGCUGGUCAAAAUCGAUCAGAUGCCUGAGCGCGGAUCAUGGUCUUCCAAGCUAGACUUUAUAUUGUCUGUGGUCGGUCUAGCUAUUGGUUUGGGCAAUGUCUGGCGUUUCCCCUAUUUGUGUUACAAAAAUGGAGGCGGUGCUUUUAUGAUCCCCUACUUCCUAACGUUGUUCCUGGCUGGCAUACCCAUGUUCUUCAUGGAGCUGGCUCUGGGCCAAAUGUUGACUAUCGGGGGUCUGGGAGUGUUCAAAAUUGCGCCCAUAUUUAAAGGUAUCGGGUAUGCUGCUGCCGUAAUGUCCUGUUGGAUGAACGUCUAUUACAUUGUCAUUUUGGCCUGGGCGGUCUUCUACUUCUUCAUGUCGAUGCGAUCGGAUGUGCCUUGGCGUACGUGUAGCAAUUGGUGGAACACCGCCAAGUGUGUCAAUCAGUAUGAGCGCCAGAGUCUGCACUGCUGGGACAAGAUGAUUAAUGGAACUAGUCAAAAAAUUUGUUCGGUGGCGGCGGCUAACAUUUCAUCAUCGGAGCUUACAGAUCCAGUGAAAGAGUUUUGGGAGCGUCGCGCUCUUCAAAUAUCAUCGGGCAUUGAGGAGAUGGGCAACAUUCGUUGGGAGCUGGCUGGCACUCUGUUACUUGUAUGGAUUCUCUGCUACUUCUGCAUCUGGAAGGGCGUUAAGUGGACCGGAAAGGUGGUCUAUUUCACAGCUCUGUUCCCAUAUGUGCUACUCACCGUUCUCCUCAUACGCGGUAUUACUCUGCCAGGUGCUCUGGAGGGUAUCAAAUUCUAUAUUAUUCCCAAUUUUUCCAAACUCUCACAUUCAGAGGUAUGGAUUGAUGCAGUUACGCAGAUUUUCUUCUCAUAUGGCUUGGGCCUGGGCACACUUGUGGCCCUGGGAAGUUAUAAUAAAUUCACAAACAACGUCUAUAAGGAUGCAUUGAUUGUGUGUACGGUGAACUCCAGUACCAGUAUGUUUGCGGGCUUUGUCAUCUUCUCCGUGGUGGGAUUCAUGGCUCAUGAGCAACAGAGGCCGGUGGCAGAAGUGGCUGCAUCAGGUCCUGGCUUGGCGUUCCUCGUGUAUCCGUCGGCCGUUUUGCAGCUGCCGGGAUCACCUUUAUGGUCUUGCCUAUUCUUCUUUAUGCUGCUGCUAAUUGGCUUGGAUUCGCAGUUCUGUACUAUGGAGGGCUUUAUUACAGCCAUAAUCGAUGAAUGGCCGCAGCUGCUGCGAAAACGCAAGGAGAUAUUUAUUGCGAUUGUGUGCGCUCUCAGCUACUUAGUUGGGUUAACCUGCAUAUCCCAAGGCGGAAUGUACAUUUUCCAAAUACUCGAUUCGUACGCAGUAAGCGGCUUUUGCUUAUUGUGGCUCAUAUUCUUCGAGUGCGUUUCCAUAUCAUGGUGCUAUGGCGUGGACAGAUUCUACGAUGGCAUCAAAGAUAUGAUCGGCUACUAUCCCAUGGUCUGGUGGAAGUUCUGUUGGUGCAUAACAACUCCAGCGAUAUGUUUGGGCGUUUUCUUCUUCAACAUUGUGCAAUGGACGCCAGUUAAGUAUCUGGACUACAGUUAUCCUUGGUGGGCGCACGCCUUCGGUUGGUUCACCGCUUUGUCGUCGAUGCUUUACAUUCCAGCGUAUAUGGUUUGGUUAUGGAAACGGACACCCGGAGAUUUGUGUGAAAAAAUACGAGCGAUCGUUCGAAUAGACGAGGACGUGACGCGGUUACGGGAGAAAAUGCAAAGGGAAGCGCACGCGAAGGAAAUCGAGUUUAAUUCAUCAUAGAUUAUCUAACUAUAUGAUACAUACGUAACGUAAGUUAACUCUAGGAUACUACACCAACAACAACAGCAACAACUACAAACAAUUCACCGAUAUCAACACUUUUGCCGUUGUAUACAUGUAUGUAUGUAUGUAUUGCCGUAUGAUAUUCUUACUUUCGAGUCCGUUACCGACACCGAUAACGAUAGCGAUACCACUGUUGCUAACACGCCCCUGGACCACUAAGUAAGCCGGCUUAGCCUGAAAAGUACUAACUAAUGACUACCUACCAUCUACUGCUACUACUACUACUACUACUAUUCAAUCUAAUCUCUACUUACAUAUGUAUAUCACGAAGGCAAUUCUAACAACUCUUUUUUUUUCGAACUACAAUACAUCUUUGCAUACCCCCCCGUAGUAUGCGUAAGUUGGAAUUACAUCGACCAGUCAGUAUUUAGUACAAACUGAAAUUUUCUAAAGGGAAAUAAUUUUGAGAAGUUACGAAAUAGCUUAUGAAUAAGUGUAACUCCAUUGAAGCUCUGUAAUAGUCUAAGAGUUUUCUGUUCAAUUCAUGAAUUCAAUCCAACACUCUCAAAUCAACCUAAUGUUAAAGAUCGAAUCAAAAGCCAAAUCGAAUUGAAAGUGUAAACGAAAAACGAUCUACUUUGUUUUGUUUUUUUUUUUCUUAAAUCUGUAAUCUGUAUUUAGUGGUAAAAGUUACAAAUUUCUAUCUCUACGAGCUAUUUAACUUUUUCUUAACAUGAUAUGCAUACCACAUAUGUAUGUAUGUAGGUAUAUAUGUAUGUGUUGAAUGUAUGUGAGUGGCUGACUUAGGCUUUAUUGAUAAAUUUAAUUUAAAAUAACUCAUAUAAAUUAGAGCUUAUUUAGUAAAUAUAUAAUAAAAAAAGAAAAAAAACCAAAAAGAGUUUUAUGUUCACAGCCAUGCAUAUGUAGCACAUAUCAAUAUAUACAUAUAUAUACAUAUAUACUGACAUAUUUUAUAUGGAAAGGGAAAUCGAAGUGGAGGAGAGGGAAUGGGAACAGUAUUCACACAUACAAUUAUGUACAUUGUAUGUAUGUGCAAGUAUAUGUGUAUGUUUAUGUGACAUGUUUUGCGUAAAUAUUAGUUAUAAUUUAACUUUAAAAAUAUCUAUACGUUAAU